AUGGUUAACCUAGCAAUAGAUUUGGAAUUCUGGAUGACAAACCUUCCCGACAAGUUGAGAAAACUGCCUGUGAUACAUCUAGCAAUACCAGGUUCGCACGAUAGUACGACAUAUGCUAUAAACCACACGUCUAAGAUAUCUCCAGACGCUAGAAAACCCAUCCAGUUGUUAAAAUUCCUCGAACCUUUGUUACGCCCUCUCAUAAUCAAGUGGUCCAAAACCCAGUCCACAAACAUCACACAACAAUUAAACGCCGGGAUCAGAUAUUUCGAUUUGAGAAUCGCUAUGAAACCGCACUCGCAAAAUUAUUAUUUCGUGCAUAAUUUGUACUCGGAGUGUGUGGAUACGGUGCUGACACAAAUCAAUAGUUUUGUGGAGGAGCAUUCCAGUGAAAUCGUGAUUUUAGAUUUCCAACACUUUUUUAAUUUGUUGUUGAGUGACCAUAAACGACUUGUCAAUCAACUUAAGUCAAUAUUUGGCCACAAGUUGUUACCGUACUCGUAUUCCAUGAAGCACGUCACUCUAGACUACAUGAAAGAACACUCGUACCAGGUUUUAUUGGUGUAUAGAGGUGAUAUUUCGAACGUUGAAGAGGUGCUGUGGCCGGCGAUGUCCUUUCCAACUCCGUGGCCCGAUACUUUCAAAAUACCCGUUUUAAUCGACUUUAUAAAUCAGGGUUUGAAAAACCGGAAUUGUGCUUUAGGGUUUGUCUCCCAGUGUGUCUUAACUCCGACUGUGUGGUUCGCGUUCAGACACAUUUUCAGUUCUUUAAAAAAUAAGUGCGUGUUGCCUUUGGAACCACAAAAAUACGAGUGGCUGCGGCAGCAGAAACCUGGAGAUAGCGGUCUGAACAUCGUUAUUUCCGAUUUUGUCGAAUACCAGGAUUUUGCGUUUUCAAAAACGGUGAUAAAUUUGAACCAAAAGUUGCUCUGAACUAUAUAGGUGUUCAGAUAUUGCUACUAGUGUAUCUUGCAAUCCGGUGAUAUUUAGUGAUAACAGUUAAAGCUUCCAUUUUACCAUAUUUUUUAUUAAUAAAAAUUAGCAUUUUUGUGCAGAAA